GAGAGAGAGACAGAAAUGGGUUUCUCCGAGCCUGUCGUUUCGCGAGUUUCAGCGAAGGAGUCGUCGGAGGAAGAUCAUGGGGGUGUCGCAACUCAAGAAUCACAGGUGCCCGUGUCGGGAAAAUGGGAGGGAGAGAGCAGGAGAGGUUCCAGGAAGAAGGGGAAAUGGUGGCGGAGGAAGAGGGACAAGGUUUCUCUUGAAGGGCAUGUGGAGGGGAGGGAGGAGGAUGAGGAAGAAGAGGAGGAGGAGGAGGAGGAGAAACAUGGGGUAGUCGGGAUUAAGGAGUUUAGGAGGACGAAGAGCCUCACGGAUGUUGACCUUCAUGAACUGAAGGGCUGCUUGGACUUGGGCUUCGGGUUCAGCUACGAGGAGAUACCGGAGCUCUGCAACACCCUCCCUGCUUUGGAGCUCUGCUACUCCAUGAGCCAACGGUUCUUAGAUGAACAGAAGCAGCCUUCCUCCUCGGGCUCUUCCUCAGCAGCGUCCUCCGAUGCAGGCUCCGCGGUCGGCAGCCCCAUCGCUCAUUGGAGGAUCUCCAGCCCUGGAGAUCGCCCGGAGGAUGUCAAAGCUAGGCUCAAGUUUUGGGCACAAGCUGUAGCUUGUACCAUCAGGCUAUGCAGUUAGCAUCUUUCGUAAAAUUCACACCCGAACGUGUACAUACCUACAAAUAUAUGUUUUAACCAACCAUGGUUUAGGGCUUUUAGCAUCAGGAACCUUAGGCUAGUGGUGUUUUCCGGCCUUUAGUUCAUUGGGGUUGCUCGAAUCUGCAAAAUUCCUGUUAACAUCGCUGCAAAAAGGUAGCAGUUAGCUUAAAUGGCAGCGCAGUAGAAGAUGGAAGAUUCUCUUCCACCGUGCCUUGGACGUGUACCUCUAUAAUUAUUGAGAAGAAGCAUCAAACUCUACUCCAUUUCUAUAUCUAAGCUCUGGGGAGUCAUCUACUGAUCUCAACUGUGUUGGAUAUACAUAAAUUUGCAAGAUUUCCCCAAGCCUUUCUUGCAAGAUGUCGGCAAUUUUGGCGUUGGCUGCACCUCUCAAAGAUUGGAAGAAGCACAGAUAUGGUGAUUGAGAAGUAUCAAACGUUUCGUUUCAGGUUCAUGGAGAUUCUUGGCUUACCUGCUUAGGUAGGAGUUCGAAUCAAUUAAGGUUAAGUUCAGGGAACAGAGUCUGAAGGCUGUGCUCGGAUGAAGCACUCCUGGCAGGCAGCGAAUGUAGAGCAGUAGAAGGAAUACAAACUGCUGAAAUAAACGCAUAAUGUAACCCCGUUUUUGAGUCAAUCAAUAUGGAAAAUCUAUGCAUGAAUUACUACCUGUUUCU